AAACAUUUAUGAAUUUCGUCACAUGCUUAGAGCUAUUAGCCGAGACAUUUCUCUUAGAUUCCACGUCACGAGGACAACCGGAUACAACGCGAGUCUGUCCCCUACCUGGGUCCCUUUGGUCAUGUCUUCUAGGAAGACGUUCCUUAUUUCGAUGCUAGCAUCAGUGUUGACAAGUGUGCCUGCUAUGAUGAGCUUCGUCACCUUCAACGAAAAGAUAGCCUGGGCCUGCUUCAACGACACUCAUGACGAAAGUGAGGCAGUAUACGCACGCAGCAUGCCACAGUUGAUCGACUUCAUACGCCGGGUAGAGGAGAGCCAUUGGGACGUAGACGCUGCAGAUGUUGCAGUUCUUCUUCUCAGAAGGUUCUCCAUAGACUUCGUGGACCAUCAGCGUCUUUCCAACGGAGAGCGAUUCCUCGUCAACUCAGCUAGGGAACGAAAGGCUGCCGUGUUCAAUGCAUUGCUACAUCCAGCGCCACCACUGGAAAUCGACGAAGCGUCUUUGAGUUUACCUCAAAAAUGCUCUCUCUUCGCGAUGCUAUCCCACGCUAUGAACAGCGUGCCCAGACUACGAGGGCAGUCGGUAUCACGCACCACCCAAGAGCAAGGAGUGGUGAGCUUGGGCGCAGACACUUCCGUCGCUAUUUCCAUGGGCCAUGUCCUGCGAGGAGUAGUAGCCAGCAAGUAUUCUUCGAGGGACAGUGCGUUGGGCUUGUUACGAAAAGUGAAGCCUUAUGUCGACAUGGCUGAAGGACAUCUGGUAGUGGAUCAUGUCUACGGACCAACACUGGCGGGGACGCUAGGAACUGUCUCGACGUGGGAAACGAGCAAAGCACCCACUCUUGGCAGUAAUGGUUCCUGGGUCAGCACGCUGUGUCAGAGGGCCUUUGUACUCGCAGGAGAUCCGGGCAAAGUCACAGACGCCGAAUUGAUCGGCGCACUCGAUGGGUUUAUCAUGGCGAUGACGGUAAACCGCAUGAUUAAGGAUCGUCGGUUGCUCCUCAGCCGGAUACUGGACAUGUACUACAGUCGACGAGGCAUCCACGAACUUCUUCCAGAGUUUCACAACGGGCUUUCCUUCUGCAGUCGCAAAGAAGCCGUCAAAAGACUGCUUUCUGCAGAACGCUUGCAAGAACAGGUCCUGGUUAUGGCGAGACUUUACGCGAAGCUAAACGGCGUUGACACCACACCGGUCACUAUUAAGUCGGCUAUACUUCCCAUGCUGAAGAACUUCCACGCUAAGCUGGAGGGUUUGUUAAAACCACCCCUGUGGUGCGCUGCAGAAAGCAAGGCAGUACUUCCAACGUUUGCCACCAGGGGAGACGUACUUAUCCUCAUGGACCCUACACCCGGGAACAGCAUCUAUGAAAACAGUCAGAGGGCUCUCGCAGGGUUCAUUGCCGAAGACUACCUCCGUCGGAAUCCAGGAAACCGUGUGAGCAUUUCGGCAGCGCAGAUGAGUGAAGAUGCGCGGCAACUGGUAUUGCUUUAUUCGUCGCAAACUUCCAAGUAUGCGUCUCCGGCCUGUGCCAUUGAGACCACAAGAGGAUGCACAGAAUGCACUGAGGUAGACAUUUGGAGGGCUGUCAAUGGUACAUGGAGCGCGCUACAGUCGGGCCUUACAGCUGAGCAAGUGACGCCGGCCAAGGUUAUUGUCUACAUGAAAUACAGCGCAUUCAGAUCCAGCACGGAAGACGUGGGUGUCAUCAUCCAAGAGAUGAGAAAGCGUCAUGAUGACUUGACAAUAUUCGCUGUGGGACCAAGGGCGGAUAUUAUGCAAAAUUUCCAACAUCAUCAAGACGCAGUGGUCAUCAUUCCAAACUUUGCCGACGAAGGCAUACUGGCCCAAAUUGCCGGUGAACUGAGUCAGGAGAUAUCUCGAGUACCUGCUUCCAUUCGAUGCUACGGGUGUGAACGAGACAACCAAGACACCUCGGGGACAUUGACAGAAUUUCAAACUCCGCUGACAGCCAGCCAAUGGGUCAUGUACCCACGAUACUUCAAGGAAGUACCGCAACAAAUCAAUGUCACGUUCGAGACCCAGCACCUCCCCAUAAGAAUUUGCAUGGAACGUCAGAAUUGUAGUCUCCUUCCGAAGGCUCGAGAUGACAUCUGUCGCGAAUCGGGUGCCAAUGCCAAAGCCAUCCAAUUCAGCCUCCGCAAUGUGUGCGUGUCUACGGAACCCGAUUCCUGCGAGUCCUUAUAUUUUAGCCUGAUGGUACUGCCAAGAAGGCCUGGAGAAAAUUUCGUCGAAUGCACAGAUCCGAGAUGCAGAUAUCCCGACCAAUCACAAGUGGUCAUCACGUACGAGGUGAUGUUUUCGGGGAAUUCAACGACCAACCUACGAGACAUCGAAGAGCGAACCAACCCGAGCCUAAAUCUCGAAGACACUGCAGUCUUCCGCGAACUGGUGGGAAGCAAGUGUUUUCGUCAACCAAAGGAAAUGGGUGAAGAUGACUUCAGCGUUCCCAUGGCGCCUUCCCUGGAUAUCUUCUUGGAUUUGGUUAGACGCGUAGAAGACGGUUACAAAGGCAGGGAUCUCAUCGUCGUGGCAAAGAUGCUCCUAAACAGGUUUUCCUUGGACGAGUUUGAAGCCACAGAGGUAUUCAAACAACGGGAGGUAAUGAAGGAGAAGAGAACUCUGCUGAGGGCUCUGUCUUUCUCUUCGAGAGAUGUAGAAGAGAAGUUCGACGAAGCCCUCUUGACAACUAGAGAAAAAUGUGCUUUGUUCUUCAUGCUCUCCCAUUCCCUUCAAGGUGGAAGCGUCAACAGCACGACCCGUCUUGAGACCGGAGUGGUACGCCUUGACUGGGAGACCAACACUCUAGCUGUGUCCAUAAGCAAAGUCUUGCAAGGCAUCGUUGCCGCCAAAACAGCCAGGGUUGUGAAUAUCAGUGAGCUUUUUCGGGACGCCUGGCCACAAAGAGACAUAUCAGAGCUCAACCCCGAGCUGGUCCUUGACACGGACUUUGCUGUCACUCUCGGCUCGCUUCUUGGAAUGGCAGCGGUUGAAGCAUCUCUUGGUCGUCAAGAAGGAAGCGUCAUAGGAGUAGAAGGGCACUGGGCUGACCCUGGCUGUCCCAGCUUCUACAGUGUUCGAGCUGAGCAAGGGCUGUGCACCUACGCUCUACUAAGAGGCGCUAUUGACGGGUACAUCCUGGGAAAGUACGGCCAUGUCCUUGCCAAUUCUGGUGUCCCUCUGAGCGACGCCCUUGCCUGGUACUAUGGUCGGAGCGGGGUACCCCAUUCCAUCUCUGGUACCUCUCAUCUCUCGGUCUGCAAUAGACGCGAGCUUCUUCGUCCACUCUUGAAACACGGUUACUUCGAGAAGCAAGUGGAAACCUUCGCUCGAGCUUAUGGAUUCCUACUAAAGCACAGGAACGUUGCGAGGAUACAAUUCUUCGCAGCCAAGACAGUCAGUCACUUGAUGCAUCGAAUGCGGAUGGACCUUCUUCGAAAUCCUAGAUUCUGCGACGCUUACCCUCCCACACCUGAAACUGCAACAUGCAGUACCCCAACGGACGUGCACGUAGUCAUGGAUGCCGAUGCUUCACGAAAUGACUCUUGGGUUGAGCAGCAACGCCAAUUCAUCAGGCAUCUCGCGCAUUACCUUGAGCUGAACGACAAAAGAAGUCUUCACUUGUACGUCAACAAGAAAGACAUGGAGGGAGAAAUCCAAUUUCAGCUGCGUAAUCUCACAACGCCAUCGACUGUCUCCUGCUUCGUGAAUUCUCUCAGGUUGGCAGAAAUCGCAACGGACGACGAGGUAUCCACUCUGGAAUCACUCGAACGGCGACUUGUACGGGAAACAAUGUGGCGAGAGAAUUCAACGAUAAAGCCAUCGCAGGCUGUGGUGUACUUGAAGUACGGCAACCUUCGAGCACCGAUCCAAAAGCUGAGACCUGUGACGUCACGUAUGCAGCAAAGUCACUGGGAUGUCAACUCCGUUUUCACGGUCGGCGACGACAGAAGUGUGCUCCGGAGCAUGGCCACACAAGGCAUCCUGGACGAUGGGUCCUUACCAGAGAGGACAGUAAUCCUGUCACACGAGCCAGGCGCUGUCAAACGAGCUGCGAAGACUAUUGCCAGGGUGAUCUGUGCAGUUCCUGCUUCGCUUCACUGUCAGCAAUGCAGCACAUCGGAGACAGUCGACUUUGAUAUUGCCGAAAAUUCAGUGAGCCAUUUCGUCCUCCGACCCCAAGAUUUUCCCCACUUGACCAAUACGCAGAUUACGAUUAGACCCAAGAACGGCGCCAUGUGGUUCUGCCGCAAGACAGCUGGGUUAUCCGGCUACCGGUUAAAAAACUGCGAACCUGUUUCUGACAGUGGGAAGAAAUAUCACGCAGCAUGUUAUGAUGGAAUAUGCCAGCCACUACAUUUUGCCGUCAUCGGAGCGGCGGAGACGUGUGAAGCGGGUGCAGCGUGCAGGCCAAAAGGAACAGUCCAAUAUCGAAUGGAGUACAAAACUGGUACGAACUUGUCAGCGUCUUCUGAAGACUGAGACCUACUAAACAAGGACCAUUAUUUAUUCGUUACUAGUUUAUUUAUCUACGUCGAGCAACUAAUAAAGACAUCCGUUCCACUU